AGUGUUGCAGACAGCGACUCCAGCAGAGUGCAUUUAGCGCUAAUGAUGACAUGCGCAUUUACUGGCAGGAUGCGAAGAGCGCGAAACAACAAUUGAACAGAAAGUCACUUCUGUAGAGAUUGUACAUUGAGUGCACAGUGAAUUGUGCACUACGCUGUGCUACCAUUCAAAAACGCAUAAGGAGGAGUGUGCGCGAGAUUGUUUCCGUUUGUGCGUGUGGGUCAUUGAUGUCGGUGUGUAGGGGCAGCCUGGUCAGCAGGCUAGUCAGUGGCUGAUAUAACAGCGCUCCUCGCCUAUGUUUGAACUUCAUGCCUGAACAUAUGUGUAUGCCAUGUUUUCUAGCGCGGAGCUCUGUCAUGCGAAUCCUCUGGUACGCCCACGCACAGCCCACGCACAGAGCACGCACGCUCGUUCACUCCCAAGACGACACCGAAUCCGUGACUCUCUCCAGUUGAGCUGGUGACGCUGUUCGCUCUCUGGCGGUAGAACGGGGAUGUUUGGCAUUUGUACCGAUUUGUGCUUGCACGGUGGUGCGUCUUCUGUGAGAUGAACGGAUGGAGAGGACCAGUGACCAAAAAUGCCUACAGUCCUCCGCGGCACGGGAAAACUUUCCAUCGUGUGUUCACUGAUUCGUUGCGCAUCUCAGGACAUGACCCAUUCCUGGCCAUCCCAGCAACCCUCAGGAGGGAGUCAGGCCCAGCGCUUCCCCUAUAACCCUAAGGAAGCAAAGCAGCACACAACUCAGCAAACUUGGGAGAAUGUGCAGCAGCUGAGGAUGACCCAGCCUCACGUGGCGCCUCACAAAUCCAUGCUCGCUGAUGACUUGAAGCUCAGCAGUGACGAGGAGGAUGCUGACAAGGACCCUGAGCAGUCAGCCUCCUGGACUGGUAACAAUAGUCUGUCGGAACAGCACACACACACACAUGGUGGGAGGGUGAGACAUUCAUGCUCAGACUCUUCAGGCUCAGACUCUUCAGGCUCAGACUCCUCCAGUGAGUCGGAAGAGGAGAGCAGUAGCCAGCGCCUUCGUAGCCCCAGCCCAGAAACACACUCCAAUCCGGGGACACCCACCGACGCUCAGUCCCUCGGCUGCACCGAGGAGACAGAUCACCCCCCCACCACUCAAUGGCAGCUGGAUAAGUGGCUGAAGAAAGUCCGAAAAAAAUCCUCCUCCUGGGAUUCCAGCAACCGUGACCACACCCAGAGAGCUACAGAACACAGCUCGCCCUCCCCAGACCCCCACAGAGCCCCGUCUCCAGCCAGAUCCUGGGGGACCAGAGAGGACUACAGCCCCGGCCAGAGCCCUGUUCCCAGCCCACACUUCAACUACAGCCCCAGUCAUAGCUCUCGGCCUAGCCCUGGCUACAGCCCCUGUCCCAGUCCUUGCCACAGCCCAAGACACAGCCCCAUCCUUAGCCCGGUCCCCAGUGUCUGUCUGAGUCCCUGCCUCAGCCCCAGAGCCAACCGCGACCCUAGCCCCAUACCCCGACACCCCCCUAAGAGUCCUAGUCCCAGCCUUACUCAGUCUACCUCCCGUCACUAUCCUCAGGUUCGGAGUCCUCAUCAGGAAAGCUUCAGGCCUCUCACGCGGCCGAGCUUAACAUCCAGCCCGAGCCAUAGACCCAAAAUCAGGAUCGCACCUGCUCCCAGCUUUGAGUCCAAGAGCAAACUGAGGCACAGUUCCUCUCCCCAGCCUCCACUUCAGCACGGCUCCAGGCCUAAACCCAAACAGAGCCAAUCUGUUCCCACUCCCAAGAACACAGCCAAGGCAGCCCCUGCGCUGAGCACUGAGCCGAGCCACAGACCCAGACCUAGUCCCAACUCCAGUCCCAGGCUUCAUUCUCAGCCUAGGUUGAAACACAACCCCAUCCUAGCACUCAAAACCAGCCAACAACUAACAACCUCUGGACAAAGGCCCAAGGAGAGUAGCAGACUCAGCCACAAUUCCAACUCCAAACCCAGGCCCAAGUUUGGGCCUAGUUUGACAACCAGCCUCAGUACCAGUCCCAGUCCCACACCCAGGGCCAAGACCUUACCUCCCGCAGGCCCUAGUAGAGAGACCAGCAGCAGAGUUGGUCACAGUUCCAAAUCGAGUCCCAAGCCACAUUCUCGGCCGAUCUCCAAAGCUGGUUCUGGGCCUAGCUCUAGAUCCAGUCCUAUACCCAAAGUCAAGUCCCGGGAGAACCCUGCUCCCCACCCAAAGCCUCCACAGAGGAAGCCCCAUUCCAGGGAGAGAGAACGGGAGGUGGACAACCGGAGAGAGACCCAGGCAGUAGACAGGAAGGCAGACAGGCAGGCAGAGGGAAGGGGGCGGGGUAAUGUAGAGAGACAGGGAGAGAGGCCAGGGGAGAAACAGGGAGAGAGAAGACUGGCAGAGGAUAAGUUGAUUAGACGCCCCUGGGUCCAGAGUUCAGAGGAGGAAGAGGACGUAGAGGAGAGAAAGAGGAGGAGGGAGGAGAGAGAGAAGGAGGAGAAGAGGAGGAGGAGGAAGGAGCAGCAGCAGCAGAGAGGUGAAUGGCAGGCGGUCCAGCCCAAGCAGAGACCUCACACCAACAGCGAGCAACACCGCAAUCCCAUUGAUCCACAACGCCACGGGACUAAGAAAAAGAGGAGGAGGAAGAGUGAGGAGGAAGAGAGAGAGUCUCAGCCGGACCCUUCCCUUCCGCCGUCGCCCUCCUCCCCCACACCUGUCAUCCCUCCCACAGAUUCCUCUUCUUCAUCAUCUUCCUCAUCAGAGUCCGACUCGGAGCCCAGUCUGCCUCCCAACGUCGCCAAAGUCCCAGCCGACUCCACGUCCAGCCAGCGUCCCAUCCCCAGGAGAGGGCACCAGGGCCCUGGAAGGCCUUCAGACACCAGGCCAGGAGUGCUCUACCCCACUGCCACAUCCAACCAAGCCCACGGGCCGCAGAGCCAGGCAAAGCAGAAACUCUACACCUUGGUCCCGUUUGGGCGUAGUGAGCAAGCCCCAUCCUCACACCGAGGCCUGAGGAAUCUGGUGGUGCAGUUAAACCUCUCCCUGCUCAGCAGAGUACCUGAUACUACGACAGACACCCCAGCCUCUCACAAACACCCCUCCUCUUCCUCUUCCAAGCAAAAAGAGGCCAUGAGACACCUGUACACCCCAGAGACAGAGGGAGGAGACAGCAGGAGGAAACGGAAGUCAGAGAAUGGAAUCCAGCACCACAGAGUGAGUAAGCGGAGUAACUCCCAAACCAACGGCCCCUCAGCCCACACAGAGUCUACAGCUAACAGAGAGAGUAAGCAGAGUAACUCCCACACCAACGGCCCCUCAGCCCACACAGAGUCUACAGCUAACAGAGAGAGUAAGCAGAGUAACUCCCACACCAACGGCCCCUCAGCCCACACAGAGUCUACAGCUAACAGAGAGAGUAAGCAGAGUAACUCCCGCACCAACGGCCCCUCAGCCCACACAGAGUCUACAGCUAACAGAGAGAGUAAGCAGAGUAACUCCCGCAACAACGGCCCCUCAGCCCACACAGAGUCUACAGCUAACAGAGUGAGUAAUCGGAGUAACUCCCAAACCAACAGCCCCUCAGCCCACACAGAGUCUACAGCUAACAGAGUGAGUAAUCGGAGUAACUCCCAAACCAACGGCCCCUCAGCCCACACAGAGUCUACAGCUAACAGAGAGAGUAAGCAGAGUAACUCCCAAACCAACGGCCCCUCAGCCCACACAGAGUCUACAGCUAACAGAGAGAGUAAGCGGAGUAACUCCCAAACCAACGGCCCCUCAGCCCACACAGCUAACAGAUGUCUAGACCCCCACAUAGAUGCCAGACACAACAGGUUCUUGGAGGACUACCUAGACAGUAAGAGGCCACUGUCCCCCCUGUCCCCUCUCUCUGACACCCCGGACCCCACCAAGCCUCCCAUCAAAACAAAGCCCCCAGUGCAGCACUACACAAACAGUGAGGUGCCCAGGACCCAUGCUAAGAUGGAGGUGGAGUGUGUAGGUGUGUCAGGGAAGCCCCCGCACAUGUGUGAAUCCUGGGGACCUCCUUUACAACGGGCAGGGAGCCAGAGAGGAACUGUACUCAACCAUGAACCCCCACAUCAUGCUGAGUACUACAUGCAUGAGGCCAAGAGAAUGAAGCACCGUGCAGAUGCCAUGGUGGAUAAGCUGGGGAAGGCAGUGAACUAUGUGGAUGCUGCUCUCUCCUUCAUGGAGUGUGGCAAAGCUAUGGAGGAGGGACCACUGGAGGACAAGUCACCCUAUACCAUGUACACAGAGACGGUAGAGCUCAUCAGGUAUGCCAUGAGGCUGAAGAACCACUCUGGUCCUGGGGCCAGACAGGAAGAGAAACAGUUGGCCGUACUGUGUUUCCGGUGCCUUGCUCUCCUGUACUGGCAGAUGUUUCGUCUGAAGAAGGACCAAGCCAUGAAGUACUCCAAAGCUCUACUGGACUACUUUAAGAGUUCUCCCAAAGUGCCUACUACACCCCCCAUCUGGAGCGGCUCAGGAAAGGGCACAGGGGGGCCUCCCUCCUCUCUCUCCCCCAGCCCCUCAGCCCUCCCCCUGGGCAGCUCCCCCUCUUCCCUCAUCAACAUUCCCCUGCGUAUCCACCAGAUGGCAGCAAACCACCUGAACAUCACCAACAAUGUCCUAUACAGCUAUGAGUACUGGGAGCUAGCAGAAAGCCUGGUCAGAGACAACAAUGAGUUCUUUAACUACCUGAAUACACUUUCAGGGCCAUUGACUCUCCACAGUAGUAUUGCUCAUGCAGUCCAGUACACCAGACAGGGUCUGCAGUGGAUCCGCAUCAGUGCCAGCGUGGGCUAGUGGCAGGAGGGAGAGAGGGACACAACCAGUGUGAUUAUAAGGGGAGGAUUCCCCCUGCAUUCCACGGAGUCAGGAUUAUUAUUAUGCUUCAAUUCUCAGCAUGUACCGUAAAUGAUGGCUUGGAUUUAUACACAGUGGUGACGCUUUACCUUGUGCUUUAUCUUGAUUGGGGGCAGGUGUUGUUAUUCCUACAAUCAAACAGAGCGAACUGUCUUGGUAUCUCUUUCCUCUUCCUGUUCGGAUUGUCAGUGCAGAUCUACAAAGUGCCACAUGGAUUUAAAGCCUUUAAACUUGCUGCUUUGCCAAAUGUGCCACAUGUGAUGAUGAAACUGUCUAACAAGGACAUUUUAAGAGAAACAUGGCUCAGUGCACCAGCGAGGACUUUAUGAUUCUUCUACUGUACAAAACAUAGACUGUAAAAGAUCCAGAGACCUGGACUACACAAUACAAUGCAUUCAACCACAGUAAAACUCUAACUAGCCUCCGUUGCAAAAAGCCACUGACACAGUGACCAUUUCCUCAAAAAGCCAAUUCCUGUUCACUGGGCAUAGACGCCAGUUCAAUGACUAGUUUUGAUUUACGUUUGGUUGAGUUGUCUACUAACGUGAAUUCAAUGUGAAUAAACAAAAAAUGUCAUCAUGUUAUUGGAUUUAGGUUGGAAAAAAGACUAAAUUCCCUUGCGUUGAUUACUUUUUACAAAUCCAAUCGGUUUUCCAUGUUGAUUCAACGUCAUCACAUUGAUUGUUUUUGUUAAAAUGACGUGGAGACAACAUUCAUUCAACCAGUUUGUGCCCAGUGGGAAGAGACCUGGACUGCAUUUCUGGACUACAUUUCCCAUGAGCCUUUACAGGACGAAUGGAUUCAUCAUGGGAAAGGUGAAGUUGGGAUUUUGAGUUUUCUUUUGGAUUUUCAGACCACUCAUCCCAAAGGGUAGAUCAAGUUACCGGUAACUUUGCUUUUAUGUUUUAUGACUCCACUAUGUGAUGGCCUUUUUAAGGACAUUUUGAGAUACCUUUCACUUUUUUAUGUGCACUGUGUGUGUCAGACCAUUCAUUUUUACAAAAAUACCAAAACUAGAGCAUUUAGAUGUCGUUUUUCUGGCCAGCAUUCAUGUUCCUGUCUUUGCAAAAUUAUUAUUUAUAACAUCGUCUAAUGUGGUUAUCAAAAGUUACAUACCAAAAUGUGUUUCAUAAAUGUCUUUUUGAUAUUGCAAUUUGUAUGUAGGA